UUAAUGUUGCUCACAAGACGCAGAUACAAGACGCAGAUAGUAUAUUGCUGUGCUAUUAUUUUUGCACAGCGUUUUAACCAUGUGGACCUACAUGACAACAUUUAGCCCUUUUUUAUUGAAAAUAAGAAACGAUUAUGUUUUUUUCAGAGCCACUCAGUUGGUUUUACGAGGCAGAUUACAAAUUAGUAGACCCAGAACUUCACUUACGAGAGUACGUAACAACUGGAUUCAACCAUUAGGACACGACACGGGUUUAAAGACUUAUAACAGUCUAACAAAACAGAAAGAACCGCUCAUUUUGGCUCAGGAAGGAAUUGCUACUUGGUAUAGCUGUGGACCUACCGUUUAUGACCAUGCUCACCUGGGGCACGCAUGCUCCUAUGUCAGAUUUGACAUUAUACAGAGGGUUUUAUCAAGAGUCUUUGGAGUCAGUGUCAUCCAUGUCAUGGUCAUAACUGACAUUGAUGAUAAAAUCAUCAGAAGAGCGAUAGAGGAAAGCAUAUCUCCAACAGUACUGGCCAGAAUGUACGAGGAGGAAUUUAAAAAUGACAUGCUAGCCUUGAAGGUGCUUCCUCCUGCAGUAUACCUGAGAGUCACUGAGAAUAUACCUCAAAUUGUGGCUUUCAUUGAGGGCAUCAUGAGAAAUGGACACGCAUAUGCCACAAAGCAGGGGGAUGUGUACUUUGAUAUCAGGUCCAUUGGGGACCGCUACGGCAAGCUAAUGGGUGCCAGCGAUCUUGCCAGUGAACCUGGGGAUACAGAGAAACGUGACAGCAGGGAUUUUGCCCUCUGGAAAGCAUCCAAGCCACAGGAGCCCUCUUGGUCAUCUCCCUGGGGCAAAGGAAGACCUGGCUGGCACAUUGAAUGCUCCACUAUUGCCAGCUCUGUGUUUGGCAGCCAGUUAGACAUCCACUCUGGGGGAAUCGACCUAGCAUUCCCUCAUCACGAGAAUGAGAUUGCCCAGUGUGAGGCCUACCACCAGUGUGGGCAAUGGGGCAACUACUUCCUGCACUCAGGCCAUUUACAUCUGAAAGGAAGUGCAGAGAAAAUGUCAAAGUCCUUGAAGAACUUCAUAACCAUAAAAGAUUUUCUAGGAUCUUAUUCUGCCAAUGAAUUCCGAAUGUUCUGCUUGUUGACCAAAUACAGAUCAGCAAUCGACUACAGUGACACCAGCAUGAACGAAGCCCGGAGCUUCCUGGCAACCAUUGCCGCAUUUAACCAUGAUGCCAAGGCUUACAUGAGGGGUCAGCUGCAGUGCCAAGCUGUGCAGGAGGAGGCAUUAUGGGAACUGUUAGCUCAAACCAAAUCAAGCUUUGUUCAAGCUCUGGCAGAUGACUUUGAUACUCCGCGGGCUGUCAACGCCAUCAUGACUCUUAUUUACCAAGGCAACCGUAAUCUCCAGCCCAUCACCAAGCCUGAUGGAUCACCAAGAAGCCCAGCUGUGUUUGGGGCCAUCCUCGCCUACAUCAGGGAUGUUUUCGAGGUUCUGGGAAUCGACCUUGUGGACAUUAAGGAAGCUCAUUCUGUAAAUUGUUCAGGGACCUUAGAGAACGUUGUGGAGCAGCUGGCUCGUUUCCGUACUGAGGUACGGGCCUUCGCCCUUUCUGUGGAAGACGUGCCCCCUGGAGUGCCCUCCCAUGUCAGACCAAGGCCACACCCUGACAGAGUACCCCUCCUGAAGGCGUGCGACAAACUUCGGAAAGACCUUGCACCUUUGGGUGUGCACAUCAAGGACAGAGGAACCAACUCCACGUGGGAGAUUUCUCAAAAGAGGCCAGCUUACCAGCAGGACAAGUAGGACAGUAUUGCGGACGGGUUGUGCAUAUAUGCAUAGACAAUUACAUUCUAGUUAAGACUGAGCAUCACUGUAAAUACUGGGAUGCUCGCUUUGGGCUAUGUCACUGGCAUUGUAUGGGAUAUGCUUGCAAUGUUUAGGAAAUUUACUUUUAAGACAUCGCAAAAUGCUAUUGUGCUCAGCAAAAUGUUCAUCGAAUUGUGUGUAAAUUGUAUGAUUUUGUUUCCCCCAGAUAAUUUCUUUUAAAUGCUAUCAUUUUUGCUAUCAAAAAAAUGUUUUUGGGGAAUGUUAAAUAUGUCAAUGUUUUAAUGUCAUCUUUUUUUUGUCAGAUUAUUUAUUAUACUUAGCCCUAAAAAAGUAGAAUUUGUCUUUCUGAUGAUUUUAGGUUUUCAUCUAAGAAUUUGAUGCCGAUUUAUUUACCUAAUACAUGUGAUCAGGCGGAUGCUAACAGGAAAUGUUAAUGUCUUUCUAUACAUUUUGACAGGCAGUUUGUUCAUUCCACUUUUUUCACGCGAAACAGAGUUUGUGGAUAAAAAGCAGUGAUUAAUAAUGCUUGCCUGCAUUAGUGCACAUAAAUAGAAUAUCCUUUUCACUUCUUUUUUAAAGAGUGACUUCUGCUGCAUGUUCCAUUUCAAAUAUCCGAUAACCUUUACACAUCAGUUAACAACAAUAAACGGUCAGGACGUUCAUAGGUGUGUACUUCUUUGAAGGUGUGGGAGGUGAGGACCAAUGACAGACUUUGUUUGGGUUUGUGUGCUCCAGAAAUGAAAAAUAAACAGAAGCAAAGCGAUCAUCAGACAAAGCAUGGACUACAACGGUGUACAUCUGGAUUUGGCAUUAAUUAGAUUGCGAGAGGUGAUGUUUGAAAAACGUAUGAACAGUUAUGCAGAGUUGGCUACCUUUCUACUGGACAAGUAAGGUUACAGUAGACACAUCAUUUAGCUAGUUAGCUACAGGAGAUAGUCAAGGAAAGCUAUGUGUAAAUUACUGCUAGAUUGAUGAUGACAUAGAGACAAUUAUUUGACAUAGGAAGUCAUUCGAUGUUGUUUCACGGUCAACGGUCUUACCAUCACAUAGCUAGGGCAAGCUUGCAUGAUUAUGAUUUCAAGUUAGUUAGCUUGCCAUCAACUAAAUUGUCACAGAAAUACUAACUGUUUCUCAAUGUCAAGGAUCCUUCCUUGGUAGGACUGGGAACCACUGUUAUAGACGGUCUAAAAUCAGCAUAGAUGAAAAUGUAGAAUAUCGAGGAUUUCAGCAUAAUUUUUGUGGAAAUGGGCUGGGAUUUCUCCUACGCAGUUGUAAACUUUGCACAUUUCAGGCACCUCUAUAAAGUCUCACAAAGCAAACCAAUAUGCCGGCAAUGUACCAGUAUCGUCCAAAUACUGCAGGGCAAAUAUUUAGGAGUUCUUAGGGAAAUAAAAACAAGGUAGAAUUUCUAGUAAAAAGGCAUAUGAGGUGAGACCUGUACAAUUCUUUCUGCGUCUUUAGAUGGACAGAAAUGUGAAAGCGAAUAACUGGAUCCAAAUUUUCUAACUAUAUACGAUGAUCAGAUCUGGAAGUUAAAUAUUGUCUGUUAUAUCCCCUCCUUAGAGAAGACGUAACACGCCUAACCACACACGCUAAAACAGGAAGAGGAUUGGGAGGGCAGGAAUGGACUACAGACAUCCGAAAGUACAAUUUUCAGAGGGUGUUUUUUGGUCUCCCCUAAAUCAUAUGGCAGUACCAGGUUAAACAAAAAAAACACAGGGGCUGACCAGGUUAAACAAAAAACACAAUUUUGAUAACAAAGGGAUAAACCAAAAUGUGGACUUCACUCAGUAACUAGUUCAAACUAAUGUCCACACAAACACCUGCCAUCAUCCUCAAGAAGAAAAAAACAGUCCUCCUUCCCUCCCCCUCAAAAAAAAAAAAAAAAAGGAAGGGUAUUUAAAUUUUUUAAACCAAUGACACCUACUGAUUGGACAACAGCAACACAGGUUCAAGCAGGAUAAUGAGAGCAUUGGGUUCAUGAUUGGACCUUGGAUGCAGAAGGGGUAAUCAAUUAAUAGGGGACGAACAGGAACACCUGUGAAAACAGAGAUGGACAGAGGGUGACAGAAACAAAUAGCAAAUAAUCACAUACAAACUCUGAAACGUCCAGGGAUGUAACAUUGUCACUACAGUCAAAGAGCACGAAGAGCAAAGCAAACAAGGGAGACUUUGUUGAAGUUUGUUGGAUUCCAGACUUUACCUCCCUCUAGUGGACAUAUACCACAAGCCUCUGCUGGUGGAAGCAACCACGUUCUUUUACUUGGUUGAGUUCACAAUGCAAAUUACCUUAAAUGGGCCAAACCCAACCCUUAACCCCCCACUGGGUAGAUCUGUUAAUUUGGUUAAUCAAACAAAAGCACAUUAGAAAGCAUUCAAGAAGAGCAGAGAUUUCCAUUGAAUUUCUUGACCAUAAAGCCUGCAAAAUUGAAAAAAAUAAAAUAAAUAAAGGGUCCAGCAGUGUUCAUCGGCACAAGAUGGUGGAAACCUACUCAGUGAUCUCCCACAGAAUUCUAGCACUCUUAUUGCUGUGUCACAAUCAGUUGUCAUGUCAAAUGCACUGUUGUUACCUGCUUUUCUACAGUGCACUUCAUUACUUCCUCUCCCAGAGUAUUAAUUUCACAUCCCACUUCUGUUAACAUAACAACAAAACAGAAUACAAAAUGAUUCACCUUUACGCGUAACCCACCCGAUUUUCCAAAAACAAAUCAUGUCUUAACAAAGUGAGAAAACCUAAAGACAAAGCUCUUCUGAACAAUAUUUAUUUUUUCUAAAUCCUUUUGCCUUGUCUCAAGUGGAACACCCACAUAUUUAAUUUUGCAUGUGAAUGACAGUCACCUGCACAGGUUAGCAAAUUAGCAAUUCUCUACUUAUGCCCCAAACUAGUUCCAUGGAGUGUCUGUUGGCUUUUGUUUCUUCUAUUCCAUAUUUCAGAGAUGGCUUGUUGAUGGCUAGCUAACAGACUUGAAAGCAUAAUUGUGCUUGCUAGCUACAUUACAGUAAGAUCAUCAACACGGAAACAAUAAUAUACAAGUUUUGACCAGUUUGCACAAGGCUAAAUCUAGCUAAAUGGCAAUGUAAUUGUUUCCUCCGAGCGGUAGUUGCUUUUUGCAUUAGGCUUGGUCAAACAACCCACAGUGCAUGUUGGUUUUUAUCUUUUGUAGAGAACACCACAAAUAUUAGCUAGGUUGUAAUACUAUAUUUCAGUAGGAAAAGGAAUGGAACAUAGCUAGCUAAUGUUAUCUUAUCGUCUCGCCCAGAGACUUUGGAGAAACCUUCCUAAAACGUCUGGCUUCCUAGAAAUAAAAGAAACGACAACCACUAAUGAUUUUCUCAGUAGAAUAAUUGUUUUUCCGUCAUCAUCAAACAAUCAGUAACCUUCACAUUGCUUUACUUGGCUAACUAGCUAAAUUAUGUAUGUAAUGUUACCUUCCUUGUUCUGUAGAAGGGUAGCCAACUCUGCAGCAACUCUGCAGCAUUUUUCAAACUUGUGCUGUAAUUCUUUAAAUGCCAAUUCCAGAUUUACCCUUGUUUUAUGUAAACCUCUGCACAUCCAAUCUACCAGUGCCUGCUGUUCGGUCAGAUGCUUAUUUUACUUCCCUAUAUUUUAGUUUCUGGAGCGGUUAGUGUACAUGAACCCAAACAAUGCCUGUCAUUUGUCCUCACCUCACACACCUUCAAGGAAGUACACGCCUAAGAACGUCCUGACCUUCCAUGUUAGACUUGCAACUGUGGCAGUGGGGACUGACCAGCUUAUGGCCUCAUAGACAAUAGAUUAUUUUAAAGGAGUGCCAUUCUGAAAAGGAAUGGAAAAUUACCGUAAACGGCCAGGACACCCGAGACAAAUAAUAAUCAAAGGCUUUUCCAUCACCAUUGACCCAGAACAAAUCAUAGAGGAAUUACAGAAACAAGGUGUUUCCACACAGUCAAUAGUAUGACCAGCAGGAGGAAUAAACAAACCACCAUUA